AUGAAUAGCAGCCUUGUAGACCAAUCAGAUUAUAUCUCUACACAUGAGAAACAUUACAACAUCCUGUAUUCCGAGGCCAACAAAGUGAAAGUGACGUGGAGGAAACGGGUAGAGAGGAAUCGGAGCAGUCACUUGCAUGUUGUACCUGUGUGACCAGGCUGAAAUGACAGUGCGCUGUGUUGGUGUCCCGUUGCACCUGUGGCUGAGUAGACUAUAUAAGCAGCGCAAUGCAAACCGGUUGUAUAAAUCAGUGUGUGCCGCUGUCUACUCCUGCAGAAUUGGUUGAAGAGCGAGAUUGGCUGCUGCAGAUCGUGACAUUUUGCUCCUUUUCGAUUAUUUGAUCAAGCAAAACAUAUUUUUAGCAAUAAUGGGUGUUAUGGUUUCGCAACUCUUCUCUCGUUUCUUCGAGAAGAAACAGAUGAGAAUUCUGAUGGGUAAGACUUAUUUACAAUUUUGUUAAUGACAUUGUGUUAUUAUUACAAUGUUGCAAUGUAUUUGUUACAAUGUGUGAAAACAUUUACUUUGUUUGAUUGAUUUUACAUAGGCCUAUAUUAUACGCAUAUUAUUAAUAUUACUUAGGUUUUAAAAUGAUCCAUAUUGUUAUCACAGUUGGGUUAGAUGCUGCAGGGAAGACCACAGUCCUGUACAAACUAAAACUUGGAGAAGUUGUCACUACUAUCCCCACUAUUGGUAAGCAUUGAUUGAUAUAUAGGGUAUAUGCACUGAUUGACAACCUGCGCUUCAUAUAUGUAUUUGACCCAGGACUGCUAGACAGAGCAUAGCUGAAUGUCCUUUGUGCUGAUCACCAUAGGGUUCAAUGUGGAGACGGUUGAGUACAAGAACAUCAGCUUCACGGUGUGGGAUGUAGGUGGUCAGCACGUCAUCAGACCUCUGUGGAAGCAUUACUACCAGAACACUCAGGUAGGACUAACCCUAACACUCUCAACUAACUCUAACCCUAACAAUCUCAACUAACCCUAACCCUAACAGCCUCAACUAACACUAACAUCCUCAACUGACCCUAAUAGCCUCAACUAACCCUAACCCUAACAGUCUCAACUAACCUUAACCUUCUCAACUAAGCCUAACCCUAACACUCUCAACUAACCCUAACUCCAACAGUCUCAACUAACCCUAACAGCCUCAACUAACCCUAACAGCCUCAACUAACCCUAACAGCCUCAACUAACCUUAACAGUCCCCCCUAACCCUAACAACCUCAACUAACCCCAACAGCCUCAACUAAACCUAACCCAAACAGCCUUAAAUAUGGGAUCCAUUUCAUAUCCAGUCAAUUCAAAAAAUGAACUCAAAUUCUAAUUUUCCUCAUUCCUUAAAAGCGUGUGUCUGUGUUCCAAUGUCUUCAUCCAGGGUCUUAUAUUUGUGGUAGACAGCAACGAUCCUGAGAGGAUAAAUGAUGCUACAGAGGAACUACAGAACAUGGUGAGUCAUCUGUCCUUCCAUUCAUCUUUCCACACUUUCCUAUAGCAACUCUUAAGUUUGCUGUUGGCCACCGGAGAGGAGCGUAGUAACGGUAUAGUGUGACCUUUCUGAUUACCUACAAGGAAUGUAAUAAUACAGUAAUAUGACUGUUCUAAUAGAUAUAGAAGAGAGUGUUUUCCUGUUUAAUGUGACUGUUCUGAUUCCCUGUGUUCUGUGUUAUUGAUCCUCCACACAGGAUGCAACCACAGAUAAAACAAUGAGACAGAUAUUUCACCGGAUGUAUAAAUGUGAAGCAUCCGCUUAGCGUUUCCACUCACUACCAAAUAUGGUAGUGAGAGGAAGCCCACUGGCCGGCAGUGGGAGAAGAUGGAACGACAUGGAUUUUGGCCGACAUUCUGCAAAUUUUCUCAUCGAUUAAACAUUUGAUCUUAAUACAGUUUUCUGUUCCCAAUACUAAAAUCUGUUAUGAACAGAGUGGAAUAAGUUUUGUAGACUUUACCCUUUGCAAAAGUUGUUAAAUAUUGCGUUGUUUAGAAGGAGUGCAAAGGCGAAUUUAGUUAUUGCACACGUGCACUUCACAGAGGAGGCGUUCCCUAACGGAAAUAUGCAGAUUUAUGCUAGAACGCGUGCCCACCUCCUUGCUUGUUCUACCCACUAUGACUCAUUUGUUCCCACUGGAAACGACAGGCUGUGGUCUAUCUUGGUUUAGUUGUAAAAAUAAUUGAUGCAACAUUACAGAGAAAAGUGUAAUAACUCAGUGAGUGCUGUGGCUGUUCUGAUUCCCUGUGUUCUGUGCUGUUAACCCACAGCUUGAAGAGGACCAGCUGAGAGAUGUAGUUCUGCUGGUGUUCGCCAACAAACAGGACCUUCCCAACGCCAUGUCUGUCAGUGACAUCACAAAUAAACUGGGACUGAGAAAACUUCAACUGAGUACUCCUGUAAGUAUGACCAUUUAGAAUCUCUAAGGUUUCACAAGAGAAUUCUAACUAGCGUUAGCACAAUGACUGGAAGUCUAUGGUAUCUACUAGCAUGCUAGCAGUUAACAUGCUAGCGGUUACCAUAGACUUCCAGUCAUUGCGCUAACACUAGUUAGCAAUUGCGCUGACGCUAAUUAGCAACUUCCUUCAAACUGCAUGCAGAGACAUAAAAAUGGUAUCCACAAGUUCACCUGACUCUGGGGAAGUAGAUAAAGGACUUAAUUCCCCAAAUCCUGAUGUUCCCUUUAAAUGUUAAACAUGCUACAAUGCGCCUCGGAUUGAAUCCCUGCCCAGAUUUGGUAAAUAAUGCACUCUGACUGUUUGUCCUCUCUCCUCAGUGGUUUGUCCAGGCUACCUGUUAAUGACUGACUGUUUCUCUUCUCUCCUCAGUGGUUUGUCCAGGCUACCUGUUAAUCACUGACUGUUUGUCCUCUCUCCUCAGUGGUUUGUCCAGGUUACCUGUUAAUGACUGACUGUUUGUCCUCUCUCCUCAGUGGUUUGUCCAGGCUACCUGUUAAUGACUGACUGUUUCUCUUCUCUCCUCAGUGGUUUGUCCAGGCUACCUGUGCGACCAUGGGUUCAGGUCUGUUGGAGGGACUGGACUGGUUGGCUGACCAGCUUUCCAAACGCUAACUAGCUGAGUUGGCUCCGGGGUGAAGUUUCCCCUAGGUACAGAUCUAGGAUCAGCUUCCCCUCCCCCAAUCCUAACCUUAACCAUUAGUGGGGGAAAUUUAAAACUGACCAGAUCAGUGUCUAGGGUCAACUUCACCCUAUAACAGCUGAGCUGAGGCCUCCUUAAGAAUGACCAAGACACAACGUUUACUGAAGGACAACCAUACAUUCAGAACAAAAGUUAGAAGUGCCUUUCUGAAAAGUUUCCAUUUGUUUUUAUUUUUUUCUAAUGCACUCUAAUGUAUUGCAUAGAUUGUAACAUGGAAAGUUAUAAAUGUUUUAUAUUUAAAUUAUUUUAUCACUGAAUGAAUGUAAGCAGAUUCUUUAUCAAUCCCCCUGUAUUUAUUUCCUGACUUCCGAUACCUCACUACCUCUAAUAAAAUCAUGGUGUGUAAAUGUAUCUGCAGUCAUUUUCUUUGUGGGUGUGGUCACUCUGCAGAUGGAAGUGGAACAAUUCAGAAACAACAAAUACAAGACAAUUAUUUCAGUAACUUGUGAUGGAGAGCAAGACUAAAGGUCAUCGGGGACAUAUUAUUUGGAAACAUAUUAACGAUGCAAUAUCGACAUCUAGUGGUAGGAUUUCACAAUUGCAUGGAGAAUGUCUGACAGCGACCUUUGAUUAAAUAAACAGUAUGAUGUAUAAAAACAUUUAAACUACAGUAUAUAGUUUAUUUUCCAAUAAACAGCAUUGUGCUGAGAUAGCGAUCUCCCACUGGGCACACACUGGUUGAAUCAACGUUGUUUCCACAUAAUUUCAAUGAAAUUAUGCUGAACCAACGUGGAAAAGACGUUGAAUUGACGUCUGUGCACAGUGGGCUUCAAUUUCCCUAAGGGAGAUGUAAAUUAGGACUAACCGAGGAUUAACCUUUACAGUGUGGGAGAAUAAUCGCUCAGUCUCAUUUGUCUUUUUGGGUCCAAUAAAGGAAUAAAGGAAAUCAUGCUUCUAAUCGACAGUAUUUAAUACUGUUUUCCUGAACCGAAACAUACAUGGCCUCACAAGUGUUGUUUUGGUAAUUAUUAACUAGUUGGCCUACUACGUACAGUGCAUUCGGAAAGUAUUCAUUCAUUUUGUUACUUUACAGCCUUAUUCUAAAAUUGAUUAAAUUAAAUGUUAUCCUCAUCAAUCUACAUACAAUACUCCAUAAUGAUUAAGCGAAAACAGGUUUUUAGAAAUCUUAGCACAUUUAUUAAAAAUAAAAAACAGAAAUACUUUAUUUACAUAAGUAUUCAGACCCUUUGAUAUGAGACUCGAAAUUGAGCUCAGGUGCAUUCUGUUUCCAUUGAUCAUCCUUGAGAUGUUUCUACAACUUGACUGGAGUCCACCUGUGGUAAAUUAAAUUCAUUGGACAUGAUUUGGAAAGGCACCACCUGUCCAUAUAAGGUCCCACAGUUGACAGUGCAUGUCAGAGCAAAAACCAAGCCAUGAGGUCGAAGGAAUUGUCCGUACCGCUCCGAGACAGGAUUGUGUCGAGGCACAGAUCUGGGGAAGGGUACCAAAAAAUGUCUGCAGCAUUGAAGGUCCCCAAGAACACAGUGGCCUCCAUCAUUCUUAAAUGGAAGAAGUUUGGAACCACCAAGACUCCUAGAGCUGGCCGCCCAGCCAAACUGAGCAAUCUGGGGAGAAGAGCCUAGGUCAGAGAGGUGAUCAAGAACCCGGUGGUCACUGAAAGAGCUCCAGAGUUCCUCUGUGGAGAUGGGAGAACCUUCCAGAAGGACAACCAUCUCUGCAGCACUCCACCAAUCAGGGCUUUAUGGUAGAGUGGCCAGACGGAAGCCACUCCUCAGUAAAAGACACAUGACAACCCGCUUGGAGUUUGCCAAAAGGCACAUAAAGGACUCUCAGACCAUGAGAAACAAGAUUCUCUGGUCUGAUGAAACCAAGAUUGAACUCUUUGGCCUGAACGUCAAGCGUCACGUCUGGAGGAAACCUGGCACCAUCUAAAAUUUCUAAAAAACAGUUUUUGCUUUGUCAUUAUGGGGUAUUGUGUGUAGAUUGAUGAAGGGAAAAAAACAAAUUAAUCAAAUUUAGAAUAAGGCUGUAACAAAAUGUGGAAAAGGUCAAGGGGUCUGAAAACUUUCCAAAUGCACUGUAUCUGAUGUUGUAAAAUAAGACAUUACAUUAUAUCAUAUUAUCUCAAGCUUCUUAUUGUUACAGAUCGAUUUUGAUUGAUUAUUUAUUGGAAGUUUGUUUUAUCCAUGUUUUAAAGUCUGUCAGUUUAUAUAGACCUAAGCCAAGGUCAACUCCCUUAUCUGGUCAGAGAACAGACUAGAAGAGACACAAAUGUUUAUAAAAAGGUGAAUUUGUGUAUGUUUUGUUUGUUUGUAGGCAUGAUAAAUUAUUCAUAAAACUACUUCGAAACUGGAAAGAGAUUACAUGGUAUUCAGGUCGCUUUUGACACUGUUUGUUUUUUAUAUAUUUUUUAUUCCAUGGCAGAGACUAGUCUAGCCCACGUUUCCUACUGUGUGGGUUGCUACAAUGUUUCCUGCUGUGUGGGUUGCUACAAUGUUUCCUACUGUGUGGGUUGCUACAAUGUUUCCUGCUGUGUAGGUUGCUACAAUGUUUCCUACUGUGUAGGUUGCUACAAUGUUUCCUGCUGUGUAGGUUGCUACAAUGUUUCCUGCUGUGUGGGUUGCUACAUUGUUUCCUGCUGUGUGGGUUGCUACAUUGUUUCCUGCUGUGUGGGUUGCUACAAUGUUUCCUGCUGUGUGGGUUGCUACAUUGUUUCCUACUGUGUAGGUUGCUACAAUGUUUCCUGCUGUGUGGGUUGCUACAUUGUUUCCUACUGUGUAGGUUGCUACAAUGUUUCCUGCUGUGUGGGUUGCUACAAUGUUUCCUACUGUGUGGGUUGCUACAAUGUUUUGUUUUCAUGAUUUCUACAAUGUUUAAUUAGUUUAAUUUGGAGAACAGCAAAAACAUGCAAAAAUGACCCCAGCCAUUAGAACAAUGGUUGCUGUAGCUUUCACUUCAGUCGAUAUACAAACACAUAGCCUAUUAGCUAUAUACUUUUUUUUGUAGUUUUACAGCUAAUUUCCUGCAAUUCUAUAGAUUUUGCAUUGGGGUGGGGAUAAAUGUUGGCAGAUUUAAAGCUAAUUUCCUACAAUUCUACACAUUCUGCCAUAAUUUUUGCCAUGUUAAUAAGACAUCUGAGUGAGACUGAUCAACAAAAUCAAUGGGGGCCCGCUGGAGGUCAGCGCCCCUGGGCACCCCACACUGAUGACGUGUUUUUGUUAUUCUAAAAAAUAAGGUCCAGACCUCGGUGUCCUCAUACUGUAUGUAGCUAAGACCUAGUGACAGACUAUAAUCAAAGACAGUACAGUAUGAAGAUAUGCUAAAACUGCUUCUCCGAUAGAUAUCCCGAUCACACUUGUAGGCGAUGUCACGGCGACUUUGGCUAACUAAAGUCAUGCAUAGGAACACGUCAUCGUCUCGCGCCAAACUGCGAAAGUUCAGGCCGUCAAAUCAAAGGCACUUGUUCGAUAUAAAGUUGCUUUUGACGAAAAUGAAAACGUGUCAGCUUGUCACGUUCACGAGUUUGGAGUAAUACCAUGUUCUACUACUUAAAACAUUGGCACGAAUCUAUGCUGUGCUUUUAGAUUUCAAGAAAAUUAACAACUAAGGAAGAAUUUUUCACUUCUAUCAUUGACCUCUCAAACUCAAAACCCCGGCCUUGUCUGUUUCGCCAGCGUUCCCGGAAGUCUCGCGAUGUUCCGCCUCUGGGUUUAGAAACUGUGUGCAAUAAUAGCUUUCAUUUAGAGGAAGUCAUUUUUAUGUGAAUGAACAACACACUAGUAUCUCAUUACUAAAUGAUUUGUCUUUAUUUCAUCACAGUUGCUUUCAUCACAGUUGCUUGUUAUUUUGCUUGAAUAGGGAGCAUUGUGAAAUUCGCACACACACACACACACACACCGAGGAGUUGACCUAUUUCUCUGUAGAGCCGACGACAGUCACACGAAGCAACCUGGAGGCAAUUUCUGUUGCAGAUGCAAGUAGCAAGUGACAUGAUCUCAAGCAACUUUGCUGAUACACGAAGCUACUUAAACGCGAUUGAAAUUGACUCACGAAGCAACCCAGAUGCAACUCUGUUGCCAGCAACAAAAAUUGCAUUACAGGUUGUUUCGUGUGACAUCGACUUUAACUUCAGACAGUAUUUAGAUAACAGUGAAUGAAUAGCAGCCUUGUAGACCAAUCAGAUUAUAUCUCUACACAUGAGAAACAUUACAACAUCCUGUAUUCCGAGGCCAACAAAGUGAAAGUGACGUGGAGGAAACGGGUAGAGAGGAAUCGGAGCAGUCACUUGCAUGUUGUACCUGUGUGACCAGGCUCAAAUGACAGUGCGCUGUGUUGGUGUCCCGUUGCACCUGUGGCUGAGUAGACUAUAUAAGCAGCGCAAUGCAAACCGGUUGUAUAAAUCAGUGUGUGCCGCUGUCUACCCCUGCAGAAUUGGUUGAAGAGCGAGAUUGGCUGCUGCAGAUCGUGACAUUUUGCUCCUUUUGGAUUAUUUGAUCAAGCAAAACAUAUUUUUAGCAAUAAUGGGUGUUAUGGUUUCGCAACUCUUCUCUCGUUUCUUCGAGAAGAAACAGACGAGAAUUCUGAUGGGUAAGACUUAUUUACAAUUUUGUUAAUGACAUUGUGUUAUUAUUACAAUGUUGCAAUGUAUUUGUUACAAUGUGUGAAAACAUUUACUUUGUUUGAUUGAUUUUACAUAGGCCUAUAUUAUACGCAUAUUAUUAAUAUUACUUAGGUUUUAAAAUGAUCCAUAUUGUUAUCACAGUUGGGUUAGAUGCUGCAGGGAAGACCACAGUCCUGUACAAACUAAAACUUGGAGAAGUUGUCACUACUAUCCCCACUAUUGGUAAGCAUUGAUUGAUAUAUAGGGUAUAUGCACUGAUUGACAACCUGCGCUUCAUAUAUGUAUUUGACCCAGGACUGCUAGACAGAGCAUAGCUGAAUGUCCUUUGUGCUGAUCACCAUAGGGUUCAAUGUGGAGACGGUUGAGUACAAGAACAUCAGCUUCACGGUGUGGGAUGUAGGUGGUCAGCACGUCAUCAGACCUCUGUGGAAACAUUACUACCAGAACACUCAGGUAGUACUAACCCUAACACUCUCAACUAACUCUAACCCUAACACUCUCAACUAACCCUAACCCUAACAGUCUCAACUAACCUUAACCUUCUCAACUAAGCCUAACCCUAACACUCUCAACUAACCCUAACUCCAACAGUCUCAACUAACCCUAACAGCCUCAACUAACCCUAACAGCCUCAACUAACCCUAACAGCCUCAACUAACCUUAACAGUCCCCCCUAACCCUAACAACCUCAACUAACCCCAACAGCCUCAACUAAACCUAACCCAAACAGCCUUAAAUAUGGGAUCCAUUUCAUAUCCAGUCAAUUCAAAAAAUGAACUCAAAUUCUAAUUUUCCUCAUUCCUUAAAAGCGUGUGUCUGUGUUCCAAUGUCUUCAUCCAGGGUCUUAUAUUUGUGGUAGACAGCAACGAUCCUGAGAGGAUAAAUGAUGCUACAGAGGAACUACAGAACAUGGUGAGUCAUCUGUCCUUCCAUUCAUCUUUCCACACUUUCCUAUAGCAACUCUUAAGUUUGCUGUUGGCCACCGGAGAGGAGCGUAGUAACGGUAUAGUGUGACCUUUCUGAUUACCUACAAGGAAUGUAAUAAUACAGUAAUAUGACUGUUCUAAUAGAUAUAGAAGAGAGUGUUUUCCUGUUUAAUGUGACUGUUCUGAUUCCCUGUGUUCUGUGUUAUUGAUCCUCCACACAGGAUGCAACCACAGAUAAAACAAUGAGACAGAUAUUUCACCGGAUGUAUAAAUGUGAAGCAUCCGCUUAGCGUUUCCACUCACUACCAAAUAUGGUAGUGAGAGGAAGCCCACUGGCCGGCAGUGGGAGAAGAUGGAACGACAUGGAUUUUGGCCGACAUUCUGCAAAUUUUCUCAUCGAUUAAACAUUUGAUCUUAAUACAGUUUUCUGUUCCCAAUACUAAAAUCUGUGAGUGGAAUAAGUUUUGUAGACUUUACCCUUUGCAAAAGUUUUUAAAAAUCGCAUUGUUUAGAAGGAGUGCAAAGGCGAAUUUAGUUAUUGCGCACGUGCACUUCACAGAGGAGGCGUUCCCUAACGGAAAUAUGCAGAUUUAUGCUAGAACGCGUGCCCACCUCCUUGCUUGUUCUACCCACUAUGACUCAUUUGUUCCCACUGGAAACGACAGGCUGUGGUCUAUCUUGGUUUAGUUGUAAAAAUAAUUGAAGCAACAUUACAGAGAAAAGUGUAAUAACUCAGUGAGUGCUGUGGCUGUUCUGAUUCCCUGUUUUCUGUGCUGUUAACCCACAGCUUGAAGAGGACCAGCUGAGAGAUGUAGUUCUGCUGGUGUUCGCCAACAAACAGGACCUUCCCAACGCCAUGUCUGUCAGUGACAUCACAAAUAAACUGGGACUGAGAAAACUUCAACUGAGUACUCCUGUAAGUAUGACCAUUUAGAAUCUCUAAGGUUUCACGAGAGAAUUCUAACUAGCGUUAGCACAAUGACUGGAAGUCUAUGGUAUCUACUAGCAUGCUAGCAGUUAACAUGCUAGCGGUUACCAUAGACUUCCAGUCAUUGCGCUAACACUAGUUAGCAAUUGCGCUGAUGCUAAUUAGCAACUUCCUUCAAACUGCAUGCAGAGACAUAAAAAUGGUAUUCACGAGUUCACCUGACUCUGGGGAAGUAGAUAAAAGGCUUAAUUCCCCAAAUCCUGAUGUAUCCCUUUAAAUGUUAAACAUACUACAAUGCGCCUCAGAUUGAAUCCCUGCCCAGAUUUGGUAAAUAAUGCACUCUGACUGUUUGUCCUCUCUCCUCAGUGGUUUGUCCAGGCUACCUGUUAAUGACUGACUGUUUCUCUUCUCUUCUCAGUGGUUUGUCCAGGUUACCUGUUAAUGACUGACUGUUUUAAUGACUGACUGUUUGUCCUCUCUCCUCAGUGGUUUGUCCAGGUUACCUGUUAA